AUGGCUUCUAUUGAAUAAAAUAAGUAAUUUUCUUUAACAAUAUCAGCUAAAAAUUACAUUUAUGGAAAAUUAUUAUAAAUGGAUAACUCUUGAAACAACUCUCCCUAAAUUUAUUUGAAAAUUUCCCAUAUAAGAUAGAGAAACUCCCAGAUCAAUUUGACUUUUAAGUUCCAUUGCGUACAUUUGAUUAAUCUUAACAAUUUUUAUAAAAAUUUAAAAAUUUUCUUCAAGAAAUAAAGUCGUCUAAACACAAAGUUACUUGGAAAAUCAAACACUCUCCAUAGUACAGUCCAAACACAUAUAAAAAUACAUUUUUGACUAAUUAUUUUUUUAAUAUCCAAAACACUACCUACAAAUCAAAAUUUUUAUCAACUUAUAGAUUACAAAUUUUUCCUUCAACAUUUAAUAUUUGA